AUUUGGCAGGCUUUUUACACACAGACCAUGUCCUGUUUUCAUAUGCCAAACUGAAUAAAAACAGUUUUAAGAGAGACAGGCAUUUGCAGAAGAGCCCUUGAAAGAAUCUUAGCUGUUCUAGAAAAAAAAGAGAACAGUGAAUCAGAGGUGCUUCUAAGUUCCUCACUCAUUUUCCUGAGAGUCAAAUUUGUGUUUACCUUCCACUUUGCGUAAGCUGUACAAUAUUUACCCUCUCUCUCCACGAACAGGAGAAAAUGAUUAAAAAAGAGAUAAGCGUGUAUCAACAAACUCAGGCCAUUUUAUACAAGAAUUUUCUUAAACAAUGGAGAAUGAAAAAAGAGCUUAUUGGAAGAACAAUCAUGAGGAUUGCUGAUAAAGAAAUGAUGGAUAUGGUACUUUCAGAAAACCAUCAUGAAAUGGUGGGAAUUGUGUUUAAUGAUACUUUUUCAUAUCAGCUGAAGUUUAUUUGGGGAUAUGAAAUCCCAAAUAUGGAAGAAAACUCUGAACACGCAGAACACUGUUGGGAUUCUGAUGAUAAAAUUUUUUGUUACAUGACAAGAUACUGGCAAAAUGGGUUUGUGGCAUUUCAAACUGCAAUUAAUGCUGCAAUUAUAGAAGUCACAAUAAAUCAUUCUGUGAUAGAACAGCUGACUUCAGUUAUUGGAAUCAAUAUGAGGAUGCUGCCUUUCAUUUCUAACGGAGAAAUCAUAAAUACAUGGUUUACUUUUAUUUGUAUGGUUUAUUUCUCCCAUGUUGUGUAUCUCCCUUCAUUAAAUGUUACACGGGAAAGAAAAAAGUUUAAGAAACUGAUGACAGUGUUGGGUCUCCGAGAGUCAGCAUUCUGGCUCUCCUGGGGAUUAAUGUAUGCUGGCUUCGUAUUUAUCCUGUCGAUUUUUAUGGCUCUGAUCAUAACAUCUAUCCAAAUUGUAGUAAUUGUUGGCUUCAUGGUGAUAUUCACACUCUUUGUCUUAUAUGGCCUGUCUUUGAUAGCAUUGGCUUUCCUCCUGAGUGUGCUGAUAAAGGAACCUAUGCUUACUGGUUUGGUUGGGUUUCUCUUCACUGUAUUUUGGGGAUGUCUGGGAUUCACUGUAUUGUACAGACAACUUCCUUCAUCUUUGGGAUGGACUUUAGGUCUUUUUAGCCCCUUUGCCUUCACUGCUGGCAUGGCCCAGAUUUUUCACAUGGAUUAUUACCUGAUCGGUGUUAUUUUUCCCAGUCCGUCUGGAGAGUCAUACAUAAUGAUGGUUACUUUCUUCAUUCUGGCACUUGAUUCUCUUCUCUAUUUGAUAUCAGUGUUAUAUUUUGAGCGAGUUUUGCCUGAUGAAGAUGGCCGCCAGCAUUCACCGUUGUUUUUCUUGAAGUCUUCAUUUUGGUCACAACAUCAAAACACUCACUAUGAAGUCUUUGAGGACAAAAUAAAUCCUGAGCAUUCCUCUGAUGACUCUUUUGAACCAGUGCCUCCAGAGUUCCAUGGAAAAGAAGCUAUCAGAAUCAGAAAUGUUACAAAAGAAUAUGAUGGAAAGCCUGAAAAAGUAGAAGCAUUGCAAGGCAUAUUUCUUGACAUAUAUGAAGGACAGGUCACUGCAAUACUUGGACACAGCAGAGCUGGUAAAUCGACACUGCUAAACAUUCUGAGUGGGUUGUCUGGUUCUACAAAAGGAUCAGUCACUAUUUAUAAUACUCAACUCUCUGAAAUAACUAACAUGGAAGAAAUGAGAAAGAACAUUGGAUUUUGUCCACAAUUCAAUAUUCAAUUUGACUUUCUUACUGUGAGAGAAAACCUCAGGCUAUUUGCUAAAAUAAAAGGGAUUCAGUCAGAAGAAGUAGAACAAGAUGUAAAAAGAGUUAUAAUGGAAUUGGACAUACAAAACAUUCAAGAUGUUAUUGCUAAAAAACUAAGUGGUGGACAGAAGAGAAAACUAACAUUUGGGAUUGCCAUUUUAGGAGAUCCUCAGGUUUUGCUCCUGGGUGAACCGACUGCUGGGUUGGAUCCUUUUUCAAGGCACCAAGUUUGCACCUUCCUGCAGGAGCAUAAAACAAACCACACAAUCCUUCUUAGUACCCAGAUCAUGGAUGAGGCUUACAUCGUGGCUGAUAGGGAAGUGUUUGCGUCUAAUGGGAAGUUGAAAUGUGCAGGGUCAUCUUUGUUUCUGAAGCAAAAAUGGGGUAUUGGAUAUCACUUAAGUUUACACAGGAAUGAAAUGUGUAAUCUAGAAAGAAUUACAUCCCUCAGUAGACAGCACAUCCCUGAUGCCAAGUUAGCAGCAGAAAGUGAAGAAAAACUUGUGUACAUUUUGCCCUUGGAAAGAACAAACAAAUUUCCAGAUCUUUACAGUGACCUUGAAAAGUGUCCCGACCAAGGCGUAAUGAAUUAUGGUGUUUCCUUGACAACUCUCAAUGAAGUCUUUGUGAACCUAGAAGGCAAAUUAACAAUUGAUGAGCCCGAUUUUGGCAUUCAGAAAGAGGAGAAAGUCAAUGAGACAAGAGAUACUGGAACUGAGUCUGAAAUGCAACAGGCUCCUUGUUCUCUUCCUGGAUUGAGAAAGGUCAUUAGUACUGGAACUCUCUGGAAACAGCAGGUCUGUGCCAUGGCAGAGCUUCGCUUCUUAAAGUUAAGGCGUGAAAGGAAAAUUCUUUUGUCCUUGUUACUGAUACUUGGUAUUCCUUUUACCCCCAUCAUUUUUGAGAAGAUAGUGGAUGUGGUAUCUAAUUACACUCAUUGUUGGGAGCUUUCAUCCAGUAUGUAUUUCCUUUCUCUGAAACAACCCUCACAGGCUCCUCUUACCAGUCUGUUGGUCAUCAAUAAUACAGGAUCAAAUAUUGAAGACUUUGUGCAGGCACUGAAGCAUCAGGAUAUAUUUUUAGAAGUUGGUGACUUUAGAAAUAGAAAUGGCUCAGAUGAUCCUUCCUGCAAUGGAGCCAUCAUAAUGUCUGGUGACUGGAAGGUGUGCUUUGAACUUCAGAAUGUCUUAAUGGUGGACUUUGGUUCUUUGAAUGGACCCGUAUUUCUCUUGGUCCUUGCAAACUGCAUUUCUCCUUACGUUGGCAUGAGCAGCAUCAGGGAUUGCAAACAAAAAACUUGGUCUCAGUUAUGGAUUUCAGGCCUGUGUCCUUCAGCAUACUGGACUGGACAGGCUUUGGUGGACAUUCCGUUAUACUGCUUGAUUCUUCUUUCAAUAUAUUUAAUUAACUACUUCAUGAUUUUGGACCUCAACUUUUCACUGGGACUCAUGUUUGCUCUUGUGGUUUACAUAGUUGGUUGUUCAGCUUCUCUUAUAUUCUUCACAUACAUGAUUUCAUUCAUCUUUUGCAACAGGAGAAAGAAUAGUGGCUUUUGGUCUCUUGGCUUUCUUAUUGUAAGUAUCUGUCCAUGUAGUAUGCACAUUUCCACUGAAUUUGAAAAACCCAGUUUAAUUUUAUGCAUGAUUUCAAUGCCUUUCUACACUUUAAUUGGAUUUUUCAUGUUUUUAGUAAAGCUAUCCCAUAUAUAUAUGAAACACUUGGAAGGUCUGGAUAAUGAAAUCAAGGAAGGCCAUGAAAGCAUUCUCUUAACAGUCUUAAUCCCAUACCUUCAGAGUAGCAUUUUCCUUUUCGUUAUAAGGUGUCUGGAAAUGAAGUAUGUAAAAGAAACAAUGAGGAAAGAUCCAGUUUUCAGGAUCUCCUCAAGAAGUAGGGAAAAUCAUCCAAAUCCAGAAGAGCCAGAAGAAGAAGAUGUUCAAGCUGAAAGAGUGAACACAACAGAUGCACUCACUACUCUGAACCUGAAUGAGGAAAAUCAUGUUUUGCCAGUCAUAAUGGCAAGCUGUUUACACAAGGAAUAUAAAGAAAAGAAAAGAAGUUGCUUUUCAACAAGAAAGAAGAAAAUAGCCAUAAGAAAUGUCUCCUGCGUUAAAAAAGAUACUUUAAUAUACUAUUUUCAGGUUGAUGGUGCUAAGGUUUUCUAUAUUGUUGGUUUAGGUAGGAACAUGUGCUUUGUGCAUAAUCACAGUGGGUUUUUUUUUUUGGUCAGAUUGGUGGAAGCUCUCAAGCCCCAGAAACAACUUAAAAUUCCCACGAAGUCCUUAUCUGAGGGAGUAAAGAGGAAGGUAGGAGGGGGGCUCCACGUUACUCUGCGCACCCCACACGUCGGUGCCAGACAUGCUGUUCUCCCGUUCCAGCUGUGCUUGGCGCUGAGCAUCCUGCGAGACCCGUCAGUGGUGAUUCUGGACGAGCUGUCCACGGGGGUGGACCCCGAGGGAUAGUAGCAGAUGUGGCAGGCAAUUCAGACCAUUGUUAAAAAACAGAGGAGGCGCCUCCUGACCACCCACGCCAUGGCAGAGGCCGUGUGUGAUGGAGUGGCCAUCAUGGUGUCCAGAAGGCUGAGGUGGGUGCCCGUCCACACCCACCUCACAGAGCCCGUCCACACACCCCAAGUUCUCACAGAGAGAAUUACAGUUCACUGUGACCAGCUGGUGCUCUUCAGCUCCUCAAUCUAUGAUCACUUUCCUCUGCCUUGGCAGUUGAGGAGGAAAUUAAAAGACCAAUUUUUUUUCUUUCAACUCUUUUUUUCUCUUCCCUGGAUUAGGUGUAUUGGAUCCACUCAACAUCUGAAAAGAAAGUUUGGUAAAGAUUAUUUUCUAGAAAUAAAAAUGAAGGACCCGACUCGAGUGGAGCCUCUCCACACAGAGAUUCUGAAGCUCUUUCCACAGGCUACUCGGCAGGAAAGAUAUUCCUCCAUGAUAGUGUCUAAAUUACCUGUGGAAGACGUUCACCCUCUAUCUUGGGCCUUUUUCAAAUUAGAGGCAGUGAAACAGACCUUUGAUAUGGAAGAAUACAGCCUCUCUCAGGCUACCUUGGAACAGGUAUUCUUAGAACUCUCUAAAGAACAGGAGCUGGGAAGUUUUGAUGAUCAAGUUGAUACAACAGUUAGAUGGAAACUCCUCCCACAGGAAGAGGCUUAA